AUGCAUCUUGACAUACCUGAACUAGACCAACUCCAACUUGCUUCUAGAUUAUAUAAAGAAAAUCCUGCCAAUAAUUCAAUUGACCCGUCACUAUUAACGCCAUCCACAGACGGAGAAUUGAUAAACGCAUUGGGUAGCGUUAAGACAAGCACACAAGUCACAUUGGAAAGAAAUGUUUCAUCCAUCAACCAAAAGUAUUUCACAUUUGGUCAAACUAAUGCACCAACACAUCAACCAACUCAAAUUUGUGAGUGCGAUUCCGAGUUUGACAAAAAUUGGGAUUUGUUUGAAUUCCUAUUCAGACAUCAUUUUGUUAAACCAACUAGUGCUAAUUUGCUUUCAAGUCUUCGUGGUAGUGCAAUCGAUAGAUUAAGAACUAUUGAUCCACUCAAUACUAAAUCGGUUGAAGAAAACAUCAUGGCCUUAAGAACUUACUAUCAAGAUAGCCCAAGCAUCGUCCUUGAUAGAUUCUCUACCUAUUCUAGAGAAAACAAAUUCAAGUCACUUGAAACUUUGUUACUUGUAUUUGACAUUGUUAAAAGAAGGAGUCAACUACCUGAUGACGCCGCUAUUUCUUUCUUAGGUCAGGCACUUGGAUGUAAUUUGAAAGAAUAUUUAAGCUUGCGAUGCAGAAAAGGCAUCACUUACGAUGAAUACCUCGAUGAAGUUAGACAUCUCGAAAUUGUGUAUACCGAAUCCAAGGGUACAUCGCUUUACUUGAUUAAGGAACCAAUCAAUGGAAUCUUUGGUGUUAACAAGUCUCCUAACUUCUCCUUAGCCAAUGCUAACAACCCAACUUUUAAUGUUGCUGGUGUAAGCGAGGGUAUUCAAAACAAGUCCGCUGUGUGCUAUAGUUUAGUUUAUCCACCAUCAACUCAACUAGAGUGCAUGCACAUAGUUGUGUAA